ACAUUUUCAUAAUGUAAGCAUUCAAAUGCUACCGCUUUACCAGAUUACUGUUGUUUAAAGGCUACCUGCUUCAAUGAGUUUGAUGAAUUUUAAGUUAAAGACGAACCCUAACCCUGACGACAAGGAUAAAAAGACCCAAAUUGUUGAUCUUGGAAACGGAAGCAGUGUAGUUUACGUUCCCAGGUUUUUAGCAUACGAUGCUUCCUGGGAAUUCUUCAAUUACCUCGACAAUCACAUUCCUUGGACCAGACCCACCAUUCGCGUCUUUGGUCGAUCUUGCAUUCAGCCAAGGGACACAUGUUAUGUAGCUAGUGCUGGAUUGCCCGACUUGAUUUACAGUGGAUAUCAGCCUCAUGCUUAUUCUUGGGAUGAUUUCCCCCCUCUGAAGGACAUCUUGGAUGCGGUCCAUAAAAUGCUUCCCGGGAGCAAGUUUAAUAGCUUGCUUUUGAAUCGGUACAAAGGGGGUAAUGAUUAUGUAGGCUGGCAUAGCGAUGACGAGAAGCUCUAUGGAUCAACCCCUGAAAUCGCUUCUGUUUCCUUUGGAUGUGAACGUGAUUUCUUUUUGAAGAAGAAAAGCCCCAAGUCAUCCCAAGUGGUAGAAAGAUCUGAUGAGAAACCUCCAUUGAAGAGGUUCAAGAAAAGCAGCCAAGACGAUCAGUACCGUUUCGCACUUAAGCACGGAUCACUGUUGGUAAUGAAAGGGAACACUCAACGCGAUUGGCUACACUCUGUGCCUAAGCGUGCAAAGGCGGGGACAACUCGAAUUAAUCUCACCUUUAGGCGUGUUAUUGAAGGGCCGUGUGCAAGGAACUGAACCUGAUAUUAGUAA